UCCAGGGAUUCCUGGUGCCCUGUAUCCCCUCUCCCGGUGUCUCCGGUGUCUCGUACCCGGGUUCUCCCUCUCCCGGUGCCCAGUGUCCCCUCUCCCGGGAUGCCCGGUACCCAGGUUCUCCCUCUCCUGGGAUGCCCCCGGUGUCCUCUCUCCAGGGAUUCCCGGUGCCCCCUGUAUCCCCUCUCCCGGGAUGCCCCCGGUGCUGUCUCUCCGGGGAUGCCCGGUGUCCCCGGUGUCCCCUCUCCCGGGGCAGGGGGCGGGGGUCCCUCCCGGCUCCUCCCCGGUCGCGGCGGGGAAGGCGGAGCCGGGGCCGCCGCCGCCUCCCAACAAUAGCGCGGCCGGGCCGGGCCGGGCUGGAGCCGCCGCCGGGACCGGGGCCGGGGCCGAGCCGAGCCGGGAGAGCGGGUGCCACCGGGCAGGGACGGGGCUGGGGACCCUCCGAGCGAGGCAGAGGUGGCCCAGGCUGCCCAGGGCCUGGCAGGCUGGGUGGCCAGUGGCCCGGGGCUAGCGGGGACCCCGGCCGGACGCACGUCCCCCCGCAACCAACGAUGUCGGAGAGCGCGGCCGAGGCGCCUGGAGAUGGGAACGCCGCGGCGCUCGGCGAGACGGGCACCAGCCAGGAGCUGCUGCAGCGCCUGCGGGAGCUGGAGGCGGAGAAUUCGGCGCUGGCCCAGGCCAAUGAGAACCAGCGGGAGACGUACGAGCGCUGCCUGGAUGAGGUCGCCAACCACGUGGUGCAGGCGCUGCUCAACCAGAAGGACCUGCGCGAGGAGUGCAUCAAGCUGAAGAAACGCGUUUUCGACCUGGAGCGCCAGAACCAGGCGCUGAGCGACCUCUUCCAGCAGAAGCUGCAGCUCUCGGCAGGAUCUGUGCCCCAGCUGCUGCUGCACCCGGUGCCGGUGCCGGUGCCGGUGGACGCCCCGGUGAGCUCCGUGCCGGGCUGUGCUGAGCAGCCACCCCCCCAGCCGCCCCCGAGCCGCUGCGUCCCCCCGCCGGAGGUGGGUACCAGUGUCACCCCCCAGCUCUGCCUGCGCUGUCCCACGCCCCAAAUGUGGGGUGACCCCCCCGGUGCCCUCGAGCAGCCCUGGGCUCAGCCCCGCCGCCCCCCCCCCCCCUUGGACGCCCUCUCGCCGUUCUUCAAGAAGAAAGCACAGAUCUUGGAGGUCCUUCGCAAACUGGAGGAGACGGACGCGCUGUUGGGGCCCCCCCCGGGUUCCCCCGGCUCCCCCGAGCCCUGCGCGGCACCGGGAUGGCCCCCCUGGGCGCUGCGGGGAGCGGGGGGCUGCCGGGGGGCCGAGGGGAGCCCCUGCUCGUCGCCGGAGGAUGCUGCGCCGCCGCGGGGGGCUCUGCUCAGCGCUUUGGCCGAGCGGCUGCUGUUGCGGGGGGACGGCGGCUGCUGCCGGCGCAACGGCGAAGCCCCCGGGGGACCCCCUCGCCCACGGCACGCCGAGCACCCCGCUUUCCUCGGGCUUUACGCCCCGACCGAGGAGAACCCCGAAGGGGGGGGUUUCCCUUCGCUCUCGCCCGCCCUGGGGGGCUCCAAUUCCUUGGGGCCCCCCCCGAAGGUGCUCAAGCUGCCACCCCCCCCCGGGGCGCUGCGCCUCAGCCCGCAGCUGGCGCGCACCUCCAAGAUUCCGUGCCGCGGCGGCGGCAACCCCGAAGCCUCGCCGGCGCUCAGCCGCCGUGCGUCCCCCGAUACCCCUCCCGAGCCCCCCGCUUUCCCCACGCCGUGCGCCUGCGAGGCGGCCGAGCAGCCCCCCAACCCACCGGGACCCCCCCCCGCCAGAGGGGAGCGAGCGGCCGCUUUGCCCCCCAACACCCGCUGCGGUACCGGGGGCUCGGCCCCCUCGCGCCGCCCCGGUAAGAAGCCCCCGGAGCCGGGCUACUUGCCCUUCAAGGAGCGCCUGGCCGCCCUGGGCAAGCUACGGGGGGCCGAGGGCCGCGAACCCCCCGGGCCGGGCCGGCCGGAGCGCAGCCACGGGGCUGAGCCGCGUCCCGCUGCGUCCCGGGGGGGUUUGGGGGGCAGCUUGAAGCACCCCGAGCCGGCACACGGCGCCGAACCCCUCGCCCGCUGCUAUUCCUCGGGUUCCAUGGGCGAGCCCGGCAAGUUGGGGGGCAAAGGGCGUCCCUCCGGUGGCAAAACCCCCCCGCGCGCCCCCCCGGCUCCCCCCGCCAAGGCCGCCCGCAGCCCCCAUGGCAGCCCCACCAAGCUGCCCACCAAGGCGGGCGCCGGCAAGGCCGCGGCGCCGCGCGCCGAGGAGCCCGGAGGCGCUAAGGCCGUGGGGGUUCCUCGUAAAAGCCUUGCGGCUUCGGAACCUUCCGGCACGGGGCCGCCGGCGGGUGCUGCCGCGCAUUCGGCCAUCGAGGAGAAGGUGAUGAAGGGCAUCGAGGAGAACGUGCUGCGGCUGCAGGGCCAGGCGCCGGGCGGGGAAGCCAAGGGCAAGGCGGCCGGCGGCUUGGCCAGUUGGUUUGGUUUGCGUCGAAGCAAGUUACCGGCUUUGAGCCGUCGCGGCGAUGGCGGCCGAGGCCGGGAAUGGGCCGGAACGCCGUCUCCAUUGCGGCGAGAGGUCAAGUUGGCCGCUCGGAAGCUGGAAGCCGAAAGCCUCAACAUCUCGAAGCUGAUGGAGAAGGCGGAGGAUCUGCGGAAGGCGCUGCGCGAGGAGCACGCGUUCCUGCAGGGGUUGGCGUUGGAAAAGGGGCGCCCCAGAGGAACCCCCAACGCCCCCGGCCACGUCCCGGUGAUGUACCAGGAGGUGACGGCCGAGACCUUCAUGCAGCAGCUGCUGGACAGAGUGGACGGGAAGGAUGUGCCCUACGAGAACCGCCUGGAGCACAAGCGGGAGCUCUGUGACCUCCGCCGGGUCCCCCCCGACGCCAAAGACCCCCGGCUCUGCCACCCACCCCGCAAUGGUAUCGUGGGGCACCUACAGGGCCCCCCCGACAAGGUGCCCGACGUGGGGCUCCGGGAUGAGCUGCCGUCGGAUGAGAGCUUCUCCGAGUCAGGAACGUCGCAGCUUUUUGCCGCAGCCUGCGGGUCCCUAACACGGACGCUGGACAGUGGGAUCGGGACCUUCCCACCCCCCGAUUACGGAGGGGUCCCCACUAAAAGCACCCCAAAACCACGAGGCCGGCCUGAGCCGCUGGCCGGAGCUGUGCCGACGCGGCCACCCGCCAUCACCAAAGUGCCGCGCAAGGCUCGGACGCUGGAGCGCGAGGUGCCCAGUUCAGAGGAGCUGCUGGUGACCGGCAAACACCGCAGCACCCCAGCGUGCCACGUCCCGGCACCCCCCAGCACCCACGGCCACCGCGCCGCUCCCCAAGACGCCGAUGACGAUGCCGGGAAGCCGUGGCGCGUCCAGCAGAGCAAGAACUGGACCUUCCCCAACGCCAAAGCCUGUGGUGCCGCAGACCCCUUCCUCUGCCCAAGGGGGGAUCUGGAGGGGCUGCACCGCCCCGCGAUGGUACCAGUCUGCAGCCCGUCUGGGUGUCGGGGGGCUUCCCCAGAGGCCCCCCCGCCGCUGCCCCCCACUCUGAGCGCCAGCAGCAGCCGAACCCCCAGUGCUUCGGAUGUGGGGGACGAGGGCAGCACGGAAGCCCAGUCACGGGAUGGGGGGCACGGCCCCCCCGGCUUGGAACACUCGGAAUCCCUCAGCGAUUCCCUCUACGACAGCCUCUCUUCCUGCGGCAGCCAGGGCUGAGCCCCCACCUCGGCUGCGCUCGCACGUCUUCCGCUCCCCAGCCCGCUCCCCCUACCCCAGUCUUGGGGUGCAACUGGGACAGGGUGGGGUCCCGGUGCCCCGUGCCCCCCACCUCAGCUCUCUCCGAUGGUGCUAUCGCAGUGUACAGCCCCCGCCGCUGGGUUUUUAACUCAAUAAAGCUGCCCUCGC